GAUAUCGUCGAGAACUCCCAUCCCCUCAAUGCCCUUUCUCACAUAACCAAUUGGUUACUGUGGUCGAGCUGCUCUCAAGAACAAGGCGCACUACCUUUGGCUUCCGCUUCCGUCUCGCAGAUGCCUUUAGCUCUGCCGAUAUAAAUGUCAGUCAUCCAUGGAUCAUCCGCCCGUAGCAAUGAUAUAUGAGUCAAUCACGAAACCCGCAUAUGAUCGAAGCUCCCUCUAAGAUGGGCAGGGGGAGCAACAAAAAUGAAGAAGGGCCUCGUUGCUUUUUCUCGAAGAAGAGAGGAAGGAGAAGCGAGGAGAGAGGCAGUAAGAUCGGGGUCAUCGUAGCCCCAGCAUUCAGCUUUCAAUCCAUAGCAGCUAGAAAGGGGGUAGCGCAUGCCACAGCCACCCAUAAAUACUCAGCCUCCUAGUUGCCAAAGCCACAGCAGGAAAAACUUCAGGUGCUCUUAAAAUUUCCUUCAAUUUUUCUGGAACCCUACUUCUCGUCCUUCCGUCGUCGCUUCUUCCAUUUCUGCCGUGCUCUUAAAAAAAAAAACUCGACGGCCAACCCCCACUCGAUAGCGCAUAAGGAAUAGAGAAGGAAGAAGAAGAAAGCGAGGGGCUUCCUUCUCGGAUCCAAAAUGGUUCCGAGGUUGUGACGCCGGCGGAGGCGGUGGAUCGGCUCUUCCCUUAGAAGUUCUGUAAUCCCUUUUUCUCCUCGUUUCCACGAUUAUCUUCCCCUUAGAUGACUGAAUCUGGAAUCAGAAAGCAAUCAGAACAAAGUUUUGUAAGAUCUAGCCGGUGAUACCGGUCUUCUCCAACUCUGUUUCUUCGUUUCAGUUCAUGAAGGAAGUAAUUUCUCUGAACUGAGUAAAUAAGUUGCUGUUUGACUGUUCAUCCUUUGUCCAGUUCCGGUUGCGAAGUCUUUAAUUAAUCGAAACUUUUCAUUUGGGAAUUUUAGCGAACAUCCGUUGAGCAUUCAUAUUUGGCGUAUUUAUCUGAUUCUUACCACAGGCACGUUGUCGGCUCUUUCUUGUUGUUCAUUCUAACCGUUGGUGGGGAAAGUCGGGAUCUUUGAAUUUGUUUUUCCACCAUUGACGCUCGAUAUUUAAGAUAGCUGAUUUGAGUUCUUCUGAAUCCCAUAAACUUAUGUGCUGUAAAGAUACUUGUUGAGAGUGCAAGAAGAGUGUUCGCCAGAAUGGCAGGUACUCCGGCUUUUGGUUUAACAAAGUUAACGAACAAAAUUGGUGAAGGGUUUCUGAUUCCUGCUGGUAACAUGUUGAGAGAAAGCACUGGAUUGUCUUUUCAUUGGUUCUUCAUGGCCUCACAAAAGCGCACAAUGACAAAAAGUAGAAGGGUGCAAGAUCGCAGCAAGAAGAAGAGGGUUCAUGAUCUUGAGAUAGCCACAGAGAGGUGGAAGGUUACUUCAAAAGUGUUAGUGGUGAUUGAGGCAUUGAAGAGAGAACCCGAACAAGUGAUACCACUUAAAAGAUUGGAGCAGUAUCGGCAGCAGAUUAAUCUGAGUAAGCCACAUAAGGUCGUACACUUUAUCCGCAAGUCCCCAAAGCUGUUUGAGCUGUACAGGGACAAGAAGGGAGUGAUAUGGUGUGGGCUAACUAAGGAAGGUGAGGAUCUUGUGGAAGAAGAGACUAGGCUAUUGGAAGAUCAUUCUGAGAAAGCAGUUGAGUAUGUUACAAGGUUAUUGAUGAUGUCAGUGAAUAAGAGGCUUCCAGUCGAUAAAAUUGCACAUUUUAGACGAGAUUUUGGUCUUCCUUAUGAUUUCAGAAAUCGAUGGAUCCAUAUGUUUCCAGAUCACUUCAAGGUUGUAAGAAUUGAGGAUGCUGAGUAUUUGCAGCUUGUUUCAUGGAAUCCCGCUUGGGCUGUUACAGAGCUGGAGAAGAAAGCUAUGGCAACAGGAACAAUCUCCGAUAUUUCUCCUGAACCUGGAGUUCUUUUCCUUCCUUUUCCAAUGAAAUUUCCUUCGAAUUACAAGAAGCUCUUUAGAUAUGGCGGCAAAAUCGAGCAUUUUCAGAAGAGGUCACACUUGUCUCCAUAUGCUGAUGCUAAAGGGCUCUCACCUGGCUCGCAAGAGUUUGAUAAGAGGGCUGUGGCAAUCAUGCAUGAGAUAUUGAGCUUUACCAUCGAAAAUCGGCUCGUUACUGACCACCUCACGCACUUUCGACGUGAAUUUGUAAUGCCUCAGAAGCUAAUGAGGCUUCUUUUGAAGCACUUUGGCAUAUUUUAUGUAUCCGAAAGGGGUAAGCGUCUCAGUGUGUUUCUGACAGAAGCAUAUGAAGGUUCUGAGUUGGCUGAUAAAUGUCCCUUGGUUCUCUGGAAGGAGAAGAUCCUGAGGCUUACUGGUUACAGAGGAAGAAGAAAGAGAAUUGAGAGUUCUAAUGAGUUCUCUGAUGUUGAGGGUGCUCUAUUUGAUGGUGACUUUGAUAAUCAAACUACAUUUAUGAAUCUUGAGGAUGGUGAGAUUGAUGGUACCAUAGACGAUUCUUCCCUUGUAGAUGAUUCUGAGAUGAAGGUAGGAGAGGUGUAUGAUUCUUAUAAAGAUUGAAUCCACUUGAGGCUGAGCAAUGGAUGGAUCCUGACUGAGUUAUAUUUCAGGCCUCAAACAAGAACCACCAUGCAGCCUAUAUUGGAUUGUACACUUAUAUAGCAUGUUGAAAUUCUCAUAGUUAGAGAAUAAGGAGGUUUUUUUUCUCUCAAUCUUGCGAUGCAAUAAACAACUGCACAUGGUCUGAUUUUAUGAGGCCACAUGGGAUUCAUGGCAACUUUUUCUGUGGGAUGCUCAUGAAGUAUAGCCAAUGGAAAAUUCUUCAUCAUCUCACAGACACAUGGCGUUCGUUUGGCAAAACAAAUUUAUUGUUCAUUUAAUGCUCACCAAAAGCUUGGGCUAUGGGGAUCUACAAACUUGGUAGUUUGACUUCCAUAUGAACUGUAUAUAAAUAAGGAAUGUUUUUUCAUAUGUACUGAUGAAGAAUCUUCUUUUAUGCCACUUUUGUUUGAGUUUGGGAAGAGCUGAGCUGUCGAUCUAGAUCUGAGUAGAUGAGAUACCUUGUCAUGGACCCAUUCAUGAACAGUAGAUUCAGACUAAGUAGAGGAAAUGCCUUAUCAUGGAUCCAUCGAGCAAGGCUUGUCAUAUUCAUAUAAAUCAUUAUUUUUUCUGGCAUAUCAAUAUAGAAUAUGGUGUCAUAGGCUUAAAACACGGAAACAAUCUCUAUGCAUGCAGGGGAAGGCUGCAUACAUCUAACCCUCUUCAGACCUUACAGUGGCAGAAACCUCAUGUAUUGGGGCGCCUUUUUGUUUCAUGAAUACUGGAAUAUAGAACUGAUUUAAAACUACGUCUGCUUGAUGGCUCUGAACCCUUGCAUCACUAUAAUCUGCUGCCAGAAACUCAGCAGUCAUCCAUUUUGGACUGGCGGAUGCCAAUUUGUGAGGUUGUUGACAGCUAUGUAUUUUAAGUCCUUCAAUUUUGAGUCCUCAUGUAGUUAAUGAUAGCACCAUCAAUGUUACUUCUCUCAAUUUGUGUUUCCUUAGCAUGGUUUAUGUAACACAAGGCUGUCUUUGUGUCGGUUAAGGCAGAUGUAAGUCUUAUGGUCUUAGGGGGAAAAAGUACUCUAAUAAGGGAUUUUUAUACCAGAUCCUUGAAUUGUGAUUUAAUAUUGAAAUUGCGAACGCUUGUUUCUACAUGCAUCUUUUAUAGUCAUGCAUAUUAUUUAGAAACAUAUGCAGGAAGGAGCAUAUGUUGCAAAUUUUCAAAAUGAUAUAAACUUUGGGCGUUCAACAAACCAUAUGAUGUAUGAUUACCAAAAGAAUAAAAAUAAAAGAUACAAGAUAAACAUAUAAUGUAUGUUGUAUAGCUGUGUUCAUCCAAAAUUACCUUAAUCCCUUUUCUCUCUCCAAUAAAAAUAGGUUACCUUAAUCCCUUGUUCUUAAAACUAAAUGAAUACUGGCCAGGAUUGUUCAGAAGAGAUAUUUCAUCCGAAUUGUUUUGUUUCUUUCUAUUUCCUCAUGCCAUACUGGAAAUAGGUAGAUAGUAAUUUUUGUCUCCGUUUCAGCAUCUACUGAAUGUCAAUAAUAUGGGUGGAAUUAGUAAUACAUCAACAACAUUUAGCACCUAUGGUGCACACUUUAAUAUUUAGUUGCUUGAUUUUUCUUCUGUUAUUCCAUUUCACAUUCUAGCAUGUCUUUAUCUUCAUAAUGUUGUUUUAUUAAAAUUUGCUGUAUACUACAUAGUGAUAGUUACAAACUUAGAACAAGUUAUAAUGCAUUUUUCUAUAAACACUCAUCAAGCUGUCAUUUUUCUGACCAUCUUAUCGAUUUUUCAAGCUAGUAUAUUACUUUUCUAGUUGCAACCCCAAUCCACCACAACUGACCGAAAUCAGAGAAUAUGAAGGGUUCCCAUCUCAAGCUAGCUCAUACGUGCAACAAGAUCAAAAUUUCUAGCCUUUCUAAACUGUCGCUUAUCACCAUUCCUAAAGAAUAAGUUUCUCAAUCCGUCAUAUGUUACUCUGCAGUCUGAGUUCUUUUCCCCUCCAUCUUAUGUAAUUCUAUAUUUCUAGAACCUUUCUUCCUUCAUUUCAUAAGGAAUAUUUUCUUGUUUCAAAUGGAAAAUUUUCUUUCCAGCUCCUAUUCUAAAUGAUCUGUCCUUCUAGUACAGCUUUUGUAAUAUGUCCUUUAAAAAAUAUCCUAAGUCAACAGCUUGUAAAAUCCUUUCUGAAAGGAGUAAAAUAAACAUUGGGAGGAAGGGUUAUUCAUUGGUCUAGUUAAUCUGAUAGCUCCACCUAUAUAAGAUUAUUCUGCCUAGAAAAUGGAUAAGUAUCUAUAUGCCAUAUUGUCAUCUUCUCAAUGAGGUAUGUAUUUGGUACUAAAUUAUUUGAUCAUCAUUUGAAGAUUUAAUCUUUCUGUUCAGACAGCUGACGGCACCCAUUUGCCAUUUGGCAUCCAUGUUUUCCCCUUGUUAUCACUCUGAUUAGGUGGGAGAAGUUGAUUGAUCAUGCUAUUGUCAUACUUUAUUUAUUUGUUUAAUGAAUCCCUCGCCUGCAAUCCACCGAAAACAUUGUUAGACUUCGACUCUUUCUAAGUUUUUUUUUUUUUUUUGCUGU